UCAACAAUAAUCUCUCUUAGAUAAGGACAUGAGCAGUGAUUUUUCAUGGGCACCACCAUUCUCCCAAUCAUAGAAAAAGAGACAUUGUCUUCAUGAUCAUCUUUAACUACAUGGAAAUAAAGAAAGAAAAAAAAUAAACUUUCCACUACUAUAAGAGAGAAGGAUUUAGAGUUCAGAGAAAACAAACAUACCAAAAAAAUGUAUGUGACUAGGCCUCUCUCUAUGUACAGAAGGGAGCCCAGCAACCUAUCAAUACCUCCACCACUAGCACCAAAUUCAGGUUAUCUCACAAUAACAGAUGCAGAAUCAGAAGAACAAGAUACAUGUUGCUGGGGUGCAUGCAAGAACAAGCAGGUUAAGAAGCUCCCAUUUCCCCAAAACAAGAUCUUAACCAUUGUUCAUUCAUCAUCAACAACUGAGGAAGAAGAUCAAUUAGCCCAUCAUCAUUAUAAGGUGUGGUUUGUUCCAGUCUUUGAUCAACCCUUGUCUUCUAAUAGAUAUUACAUUAUCAGAGCAGCAGGAAAACACAAAGGGAAAGCAAGCAUAUGCACAAGAGAAGUGGAUAUAGGAGCCUACUGUUGCGGCAGCUACUAUAAGGAUUUAAAGCCAAGAGCCUUUGAUCACAGAGACAUAUAUCAACAAGUGGAAAUCCAUGUAUGCCAUUGUGGUUUUGUUGCAAAAUCUGUAGCACCAGAUGGUUUUCCUCCAUCAUUUCUGAGAAGAAAAGGAUGGCAGGUUUAUGCAUCCUCACAUUGCUUCAAACUAGGGAUAGUCCCUGGCCUUGACAUCUCUCUCCGAAUGCGUCUUCCAGAAGUUGAUUUUUCGAUAUCUAACAAGUAUUCUGCAACUGUUGUUGUGGGAAAAUGGUAUUGCCCUUUUAUGUUCAUAAAGGAGGAGGUAAGAUUAAGAUACCAGAUGAAAACAUCUAUGUUUUAUGAGAUUACUCUUGAACAGUGGUGGGAAGAGAUAUAUGCAUGUGAGAAUGAUGGUAGUGAAGGCAAUGUUGUGGUUAUAAAUGUUAAUGUACAGAGGGAAGUAUCUUCAAUCUUUGGAAUGGAAGCCAUUAAGGAAUGUGGAGUUGAUGAGGUUACAUGGUUCAAAGCCUAUAGAGUUGCCAACAAUAAGAGAAGAAGGGUGGGUGUGGGGUUGAGUUCAGCAAUUGUUGAGAAAAUGAGAUGGUUGCAAGAAAAAGCAGAUUGGGUCAACAGAGAAGAAAGAGAGAUCAGGGUCGAGAAGGUGGAAGUGUUUAGAGGAGGAAAUAGGUGGAAUAAAUUUGGUUGUUAUGUGUUAGUGGAGAGCUUUGCCUUAAGGAGAUCAGAUGGAAUUUUGUUGCUAACUUGUGAUUUUAGGCACACCCAUCAUAUCUUAAGCAAAUGGGAGUGACCAUUUACCACCCCAUUCCUCACAGGUAGCCAAUUUUGCCUUUUAAGUGUCAACUAUCAAGAGAAUAUGGUGUAUACUCUUGUCCCAAAAAUUCCCAAUUUUAAGACUCCCACUGUGUUGUUAACCACCCCACACUAAUUGAGAGUACUAUAAUAACUGUAGACAAUGCAUUCCAUGCACAGUUGCAUAGCAGUGCAAAAUGAGGCAAAGUGCAUUCAUCUCAGUUGGCUUUGUUCCUUUUCUUUGCUGAUGUACAUUCAAGUAUUUCUUUCUGUUCAAUACAUGAAUAGAUUUUUCUAAUUUUGAGUUAGUAAUAUAA